CCGGUAGCUUAAAUAGCCUUUUACCACAGUCAGUGGGUUUUAGCUUCAACUGAGUCAUCAUAACGCGUCUCGCCAUCGCAUGCCUCUGCACAUUUUUCAGACGCUAUAGCAGUUGAAUUCCUGUGUGGACAUAUUUAGGCAUAGAGGAGACUGGAGCUGGAACUCUGUGAACCACAGGACCUGCAGGAUGGUGGCGGAACCAUGGACUCCAAGAAACCAAUGGCCUCUCUGACCCCCACAACAGGGAACGCUCCUGGUUCCAAACCCAUAACAAGCAAGUCAUAUUUGGACAGACCCCGCUGUGACAACUCGCUGGUUAACUUGACGCAAAAGUUUCUGGAGCUGCUGAAACGCUCUAUUGACGGCGUGUUGGACCUAAAUGUUGUCACCCAGGAGCUUGGAAUCUCCAAGAGACGCGUCUAUGAUGUCACCAAUGUCCUGGAAGGCAUCCAACUCAUCAAAAAGACUUCCAAAAACCACAUCCAAUGGAUGGGCGGUGGAGUCAUUGGAAAAAGUGAUCAAGAGCUAAAGGUUCUCGCAGAGAAGGAGGAGAAGUUGGAUGAGCUGAUCCGAAGUUGUAUGGCACAGAUGCACCGACUGUGUGAGGACCACCACAGUCAAAGGUAUGCCUAUUUGACAUAUGAGGAUGUCCACAGGAUUCCGAGUUUAAAAGAACAGACCGUGAUCGUAAUCAAAGCCCCUGUUGAGACGAAGCUGGAGGUGCCACACCCUGAGGAGAGCCUCCAGGUCCGCCUCAGUAGCACCCAGGGACCCAUAGAGGUUUUCCUCUGCUCUGAUGACCCCAUGCCAAUGGAAGCUGCAGACAGCUUAGCGGCCACCAGUUGGAACUACUCCAUUGUCUCUUGGCCUUUCUCAUCCGUCAUCCAGGUGUCUCCCAAAGGCAAUGCUAGCGAUAGUUGCGGAAUCACUAGUUUCUCCAACCCACUGUCGGUGCUGACACAACAGUCAGUACCGGUUGCUUUCUCACCAAUGCCCACCUUACCCCAAUCCCCUACUGAAGACCGACACAGUUUUGUCACCCUCACUCCACCUUUGGCCUGCUCUCUCGAUGAGGAGCAGUAUCUCCUGAGCCUGCCUGAGGAUGAGGGCAUUACUGAUCUCUUCUCCUGCGUUGACUUGGACCAGUCACAAGAUAUGCCUCUUCUUUGAACAGCUAGAAAAGGAACAAGGAAUACAACGUGGAUGCGAUUUUUAACCCAGAGGUCGACUGUUUUUUGUUAUUCUUCUUCUUUUGGACUGACAUAUACAUUUGAAACAUUGUGUUCUUCAAUCUGUUUCAUGUCCAGGAGACACUUGCGGGCGUCCCUCCCCAGAGUACAAGCAUAACAGUCUCAACACAGGACACGUAAUCUUGACCCAACACUCUUGGUGAUUUAUGGGAACAACACUGUUGUAAUGGUCUGAAGUGAUCACAUGUGUCAUUUUGGUACUUUGAUCAGGAAGCAGCCAUUUGAUGUAGAGUGUCUGAAGACUGAUCACGUAGCACUAACCAGUGUUCAUUGAACUCAUUUAAAAGCUUCUCCAAAGUCAUCCACGAGAUAUUUUGACGCUUGCAUUGGAUUCUUUGGAAAACAUACAACUAUGGGGGCAGUGUAUUGUCCUUUCUUAGCUUUUUAACUUUGUUUCCCAGUCAGCCCUUCAAGUUACCAAUGCAGGACCUAAGUCAUAUUACAGCUUAUAGCUCAGUCUGGCUUGAUGGUCUACUCAGGACUCUGGUAAAUAUUUACUAAAGGUUGAAUUUUUUUUUUUUUUGUAUUAAAGUUUGAACCAUACUCAGUAUUCAUACGAUUCUCUCAAGUUGGACUUGUAUUACAAUAUUGUUGCAAUACUAUACCAGUGAAAAGUCUCACUGACUGUUGUUCAAAUACCAAACAUUUCAGCACUGGCUGAAGUACUAUCAUAGGCUCUCUUCCUUCUCUUAGUAGUUAAGUACCAUGGAGAUAUCUAUGGAUCAAAAGAGCAUUGAUAUGCAUUUUCUCUGCAAUAACAAACUAUUACCUCAUCUAUUAAAGACCUGCACUUGAAUGCAGGGAAAUGUAAGGAGUCCAGUGAGCACAGCUCUGGCCGUGUCAUACUCCAUUACCCUGGUAUUGUGUAUACUGGCUCACAUGCUCACCUGUUGUACACAACUAGCUGAGAGUGGCAAUGCUGUGGAGACACACAUACGCAAAGCAAAGGCCAUGCUUUCUGGCUGACAAGAAAACAUCACUCACUUUAAAACAUUAUGAUAGACUUGUAGAUGGACUGGUUUUUGAAUUUUUGCAAUGGUGACCUUUUCCAGACAGUGGUUGAAGGAAUGAAGUGGAGAGGCUGUGUUUGCACGGUCUGCUCCCACUCAAUCCUCUAACUUUUUAUCAACAUUCUUCUUAACAUGCUAGGCUCUUCUGCUGUGACAAGUGAACUGUCUGCCAGUGAAAAAGUGGCAUCAGACUCUCUGAGGGACACGACUUCAGAUGCUGAAUGUAGAAACACGCUGUAAUAUUUUUUUUUGUUAUCUAUACUUGAGCAUUACUUACGAGUGCCUCCUAAAAUGUGAUCAGUUCAAUGCAAUGCUACCUUUGGAAGUAAACUUUUAUCACUGAAUUGCCAGCAGCAACACAUCUGUUUUUCUUACCUUUCAUUAACAAGAUCAAUGGCAGACAGUGCCAGAGCAAAGUUGCGGAAACUGCCGUGUUUGCUGCUAUUAGCAGUUGAAAACAGCCAAGUCACUACAAGGCGUUUAGCAGCUAGCAACUGUUGAGAAAUCGAUGCUGCUGAGAGAAUAGCUUCAUCUAUAUCUACUCCAGUACGGUCCUUUUUUUUUUUUUUUUUUUUUUUUUUUACAAACUUGGCCUCUUCGGAGAGGACAGGAUAAACUGUGUUUUGUCUGGAAGUGUUGGUUUGAUUAUUUUCCAGUCCAGUCCACUCUAAACUUGACUUGGCAACCACUAUAUGACCCUAGUACUAUGCACCACACAUGUGCCUUAUACGUAUUUGUACCCAGAAAACUGCGAUGACUGCAAGUCGGCUUUCUGGUGAAAGUAAAUACUGUAACAAAGUGAAAUAAAGCGACACAUACCUGGUUUGGAUUUCA